UCUCGGAUUUAUUAGUAAACUUCGGCAUUCGCACGUGUUUUGUCCCUAUGUACUUUUAUAAGGAAUAAAAGCCCCUCAGUGGAAAUGAAAUAAAAAUAUGAAAUAUAGGGCAAAUUGUUUGUAUUCGUUAUAUAAUACUGUAUAGUUAGUAAAAGAUGAAUCGUGUUUUUUGUCUAAGAUAUAUCCAUACUUAUAGGAAAUUAAUGCAUUUUUAUGAUUAUAAAUCCCUAAAUUACCGUAUAAACUAUUAUGACAAAGUGGGAAGAUAUCAACUUUCAACUCUACAAAAAACUAAAGCCAUUUUAGAAUCUAAACUUUCAAAGAAUAAAACUGAAAUUAAAAUAAAAACUCAACCAUAUGAAGAAUUAUUAAAGGUUUUGGAAGCUAGGGAACAUAGUUUAGAAGACGAGAGUCAAUCUAAAGAAGAAACAAGUGAAAAUGAUCUUCAGACAUCAACAAUUAAAAACUAUAGUAAUGAAAUUUCUGCUACAGAAAAAGAUCCUAUUGUGCCUUCGGAAAAGACUAUUAUUGAUUCUAUUGACAAUGAAGGAAUUUUUGCUGUAAAAUCUUCUUUAAAGAGCAAAAAGACUGCUGGGAGUAAGGCAAAAGAUAAAGAAGGUGAGAAAGUUAAGGCAACAAAAACUGAUAAAACAAAAGACAAGCUAUCAGCAAGACAAGAAUAUAUAAAACGAUCAACAAGGCAUUCAUAUGCUUUACGUGCUUUGAAAUCUUAUAUAGAAGUGAAUAUUAAUGCCAAUGAGAUGGAAAAGGCUCAGAUUUAUUUAAGAAGACAAAUGUUAUUACUGAAGAAAAAAUACCAAUUACAAAACUUAACUGAUGUUGAGUUGUACAAUUUAUUGAUUUGUGGUUGGGCUAGGAAGGGUAGAAUUGAUAGAAUCAAACAUGUAUUUUCUCUGAUGAAAGAAGAUAAUAUGUCUCCUAACUUGCAGUCAUAUGCUGGCUAUUUAGAAGCUUUUUCUAACAGCAAAUAUAUGGAUGUUAAUGAAAUUCAGAAUGUUGUUGAUGAAAUGAAAACAAAGGGUUAUGUUCCUGAGGACAUUCUGAAGAAAUGUAUAUUUAAAGGAGAUCAAAGGGAAAAGAUUAUUAAGGUUCUCGGUUUUGUAGGUGCUGAUAUAUCUCCACUUCCUCCUGAAGUUGGUGAAGCUUAUUCAUGCAAACUUCUUCAACCAUUAAAUGAUAAAUCUUUUGGGAGAGGUGAAAGAUUUCCAAGUGUUUGCUAUGAAGAAAAAGACAUUUCUACCCUUGCUUCCAGUCAGCUGGAAAUUGAAAGUCAAUACAGCUUGCAGAUAACAUCUGUCGAUGCCAUUAAUAAAGUCAAUAAUUUAACUCUUAAAUCUAGAAAAUAUUUAGAAGAAUGCACAAAUAUGUGGCGAAAAAAAAUAACAGAGGCUAUAAAAAAUUUCAAAAGUAUCGAAAGAAAUUGUCACAUGCGAGGAUAUCAAAAAGAAGAAUCGAUUUAUCCUUACAUUGCUGUAGUGGAUAAUGAUGUUCUUGUUAAUUUAUUGUUGCAGCAAGUCAGAGUAAUGGCUGAAACUGGCGAAUUUUUUAGUCCAAAUGAAAAAGUUCUGUAUAAAGAGAUGGGUGUGAAAGUAAUGAAUCAUUAUUUUGUUUGGCUGAAUAAAACAAAUCAAGUAACUGAUAAGGUGACUUUAAUAUAUAAAGAAUACUUGCACUAUCUUUUGGAUCCAAAAUUAUUAGCUGAAUAUUCUCCAAGAGAAUAUUGGGAAUAUUUAAAAAACCAAAAUCCAAGUGGUCCUUCAAUAGAUGUUGCAAAUGUCCCUUGGCCUCAUGGUGCUUUGGUAAAAAUUGGAAGCGAGUUGUAUGAUAUUCUGCAAAGGACUGUUGCUUUUGAUCCAAAUAAAAUACGUCAUAAAGCUUCAAAUAAAUCUGCUGUAACUCCAGCUUUCUUUGUAACCUAUGAAGAUGAUUGGGAUGGUGUUGAUAUGAAAAUCUCAAAACAUAUUGGGACUCAUCACUUACUAUGCAAGCUUUAUCGUGAGGCUAAACUUCCAUAUUUGGAAUUUGAUGCAUCAUUAGUUCCAAUGUUAUCUCCUCCUAAACCAUGGGUCAAGCACGAUUCCGGUGGCUUUUUAAUCACAUCAACUCCAUUUGUCCGGUUUAAUGAAAAUGCUAUUCAUCAAACAACUUAUUAUUCCACUAUACCUUCAAAGCAGCUAAAUCCAUGUUUUGAUUCCUUAAAUAGUCUUUCACUUUGUCCUUGGAUAAUAAAUAAACCUAUUCUGGAUUUAAUCAUUGAUGUUUUUCGAAAAGGUGGAAAUGAAGAAUUAGAUGUGCCUUUGAAUCCAAAUAAUUUUUCACCAGCUCCAAAAAUUAGUUCUUUCAUGUCUAAAAGAGACAAAGCCAUAAUUUGGAAACAGAAAAGAGAGUUAAAAAAGAAAAAGUGUGAAGCAAGCAGUUUGUGGUUCGACUGUCUUUACAAACUUAGCAUUGCAAAUCAUUUUCGCGAUAAAGUUUUCUGGUUCCCACAUAACUUAGAUUUCAGAGGACGUGUAUAUCCCACCCCACCACAUUUUAAUCAUUUAGGUAGUGACUUGAUUCGCAGUAUUUUAUUAUUUGCGGAAGGACAGCCUCUUGGUAAAAAUGGUUUAGAUUGGUUGAAAAUACAAUUAAUCAAUCUCACUGGAUUUAAGAAAAGGGAUCCUCAUAGGGUAAGAUUGGAAUUUGCUAAUGAAAAGAUUCCUGAGAUUUUAGAUUCAGCGGAUCACCCAUUUGAGGGACAACAAUGGUGGAGAACUUCUGACAAGCCAUGGCAGACACUUGCCUGUUGUCAGGAGCUGGCCAAAGCUUUGAGGCAUCCUAAUCCUGAAGAAUAUGUGUCACAUUUCCCUAUCCACCAAGAUGGUUCUUGUAAUGGCUUGCAGCACUAUGCUGCUUUGGGCCGUGAUGAAUUGGGUGCUGUUGAAGUUAAUUUACAUCCUUCAGAUGCACCUCAAGAUGUCUACAGUGGCGUAUCUGCCUUAGUCGAAAGAGAAAGGCAAAAAGAUGCAGCCAAUGGUGUAGAAGUUGCACAAAAGUUAGAAGGAUUUGUCAGAAGAAAGGUUGUUAAGCAAACAGUCAUGACAUUUGUAUAUGGUGUUACAAAAUAUGGUGCUAAGCUUCAAAUAUUAAAACAGUUGAAAGAUAUUCCAGAAUUUGAUGAAAAGUAUUAUCACGAGGCAUCCCUCUACUUAAUGCAGAAAAUAUUUUUCAGUAUUAAGGAAAUGUUCACUGCAACCCAAGAGAUUCAGGAUUGGUUUACCGAUUGUGCUGAACAUAUAACUAGAGUUUCUGGUGAACCUUUAGAGUGGGUGACCCCUUUGGGUUUACCUGUUAUUCAACCAUACCAUAAAGAAAUAACUCUUAAAAGUGGCAAAUUUUCCAUUCAAGGGAAGGAGUCAUGUUUAAAUUAUACUAGUCAUUUUGAACCUUAUCAGUCACCCAAUAUUAGAAAGCAAAAAAAUGGGUUUGCACCAAAUUUUAUUCAUUCUUUGGAUGCUAGUCAUAUGAUGCUUACUUCAUUAUUUUGUCAAAGGCAAGGGAUAACAUUUGUUUCUGUUCAUGAUUGUUACUGGACUCAUGCUUCAACUGUUGAAAUAAUGAAUAAAAUAUGUCGUGAGCAGUUUGUCUCGCUGCAUAAAGAACCAAUUUUAGAAGAUUUGUCAGCAUUCUUUUUAGACAAAUAUGCUCGAGUUGUGGAUGAACAAAUUCAAGGGAAGAAGCUGAAACAGAAUAGUGCAAAAAUGAAACUAAGAGAGCUAUUAAGUACAGUGCCUAAAAAAGGCACAUUCAAUUUAGAAAAAGUCCUGGAAUCAGAGUAUUUUUUCAGUUGAAAAGAAACUAACAUGCCUGGUGCAUGUUGUGAGCCAUUUUAAUAAAUUAUUUUGUGAAAACCAACACAAUCUUGUAAAUAAACGAUAUCUUUAAUUAUU